GUUCAUCUAUCCUCUUACCGCGAUGGCCAUGGAGUGGAAGAUACUUCCCAUUCACUUGUUGCUGCUACUUUCUGUUUUCUUGAUUCAGCAAGUUUCUUCUCAAGAUGUAUCAAGCUGUGCAGGGAGAUGUGGGGAAGGGUAUUCUAGAGAUACCCCCUGCAACUGUGAUUAUAACUGUCAACUCUACAUGGAGUGCUGCCCUGAUUUCAAGAAAUUCUGCACUGUGGAGCUCUCCUGUAAAGGCCGCUGCUCCGAGUCCUUUGAAAGAGGGAGGGAGUGUGACUGUGACAACCAAUGUAAGAAGUAUGGCAAGUGCUGUCCCGAUUACGACGAUUUCUGUGAAGUGCAUAGCCCCACACCACCACCAUCUUCAAAGGCUGCACCUCCGCCUGCAGGAGCACGUCAACCCAUCAAAUCAACAACCAAACGUUCACCCAAACCAACAGACAAGAAGACGACUAAGAAAGUUAUAGAAUCAGAGGAAAUAACAGAAGAACAUUCUGUUUCUGAAAAUCAAGAGUCUUCUUCCUCUUCUUCUUCUUCCUCUUCAAGUAUUCGGAAAAUCAAGUCUUCCAAAAAUUCAGCUGCUAAUAAAGAAUUAAAGAAGAAACCCAAAGUAAAAGAUAACAAGAAAGAAAAUCCUAAGAAGAAACCUGCCCCGGAACCACCAGUGGUAGAUGAAGCUGGAAGUGGAUUGGACGAAGGUGAUUCCAAGCCCACCCCAACUCCUGACACGCCCACCACUCAAAGCACUAAAGUUACCACAACUUCCAAGGUUACAACAGUGACAACAGUAAGUCCUAAACCCAGCCCGUCACCGAAACCUGAAACAUCCAAAGACACAUCUUCAACAGCAAGUAAGGAGAAAACGGUUGAAACUAAAGAGACUUCUAAAACAACAAAAGAGACUUCAGCUAGUACAUCAGAGAAGACGACUUCAGGUAAAGAGACGCGAAGUGCAGAAAAAACAUCUAAAGAUUUGGAAGCCACAUCAGUUUCUGUUAAAACUACAACCGAAGCUGAAACUACAACCACAUCUCUUACACCCACCACUCCUCAAACGCCUUCUCCCACCACCACCACCAAGGAACCUACAACCACCCCCAAAAAGCCCGAGCCCACCACCCCCAAGAAGCCCGAGCCCACCACCCCUAAAAAGCCCGAGCCCACCACCCCCAAGAAUCUGGUAGAUCCCACACCAAAGGCUCCUGCAGGGUCCAAUUCUGAAACGACCACCACAUUGAAGGAUAAGACAACAGAAAAAGGCACGCACACUACAACUGAAAUUACAACUGCUACUUCUACAAGUACAACAAGAGAGACAGCAACUCCAAAAGAAGACAAGACCACUGAAUCCCAAACAAGUACAACCAAGCAGGUGACAUCUACCACAACCAAGGACACCACAUCGGCCAAAGUUACUCCUAAGGAAACAACUCCUGCACCAGAAGUGACUCCAACAGAAGACAAGACCACUGAGUCCCAAACAAGUACAACCAAGCAGGUGACAUCUACCACAACCAAGGACACCACAUCGGCCAAAGUUACUCCUAAGGAAACAACUCCUGCACCUGAAGUGACGGCUGCAACAAAAAAGACAACUACAACUGAAGAGACUACAAAUACGUCUGAAGACACAGUAACUACAUCCAAAGUGACGACUGCUAAAUCCCCAAAGCCAACCAAAGCACCCCAAAUGCCCACCACCACCAAAAAGCCCAACACAACACCUAAAGUGACAAAACCAAAGCCUACACCAUCUCCCCCAAAGACAACCACAUCAACGGUGCCUACAAUGAACCCUGCCUCUUCAGAGGAAGACUUGCUCCACACCACCACCAGCUCUGACCAAGCUAGUAACUCAGAAAUGGCUGAAGAACAUCCAAAGAAUGAAGAUGCAAAUGAUGCUGAAGGAGAAAAACCUUAUGUGAUUCUCAGGCCCCCUGUGAUAACUCCUCUAAUUAUCCCAGGAGCUGAUUUCACAGUGAGAGGAUCCGAUCAAGGCAUUGGCGUCAACCCCAUGCUUUCAGAUGAAACCAAUUUAUGCAAUGGUAGAUCAGUAGAUGGACUGACGACUCUGGCCAAUGGGACAUUAGUUGCAUUUCGAGGUCAUUACUUCUGGAUGCUAAAUCCACUCAGUCCACCAUCUCCUCCUCGUAGAAUUACUGAAGUCUGGGGUAUUCCCUCUCCCAUUGAUACUGUUUUUACUAGGUGCAACUGUGACGGAAAAACUUUCUUCUUUAAGGGUUCUCAGUACUGGCGUUUCACCAAUGAUGUGAAAGAUCCUGGGUAUCCCAAACAAAUUGUAAAAGGAUUUGGAGGACUAAAUGGAAAAAUACUGGCAGCUCUUUCAAUACCUAAAUAUAAGGAGAGACCUGAAUCUGUGUAUUUUUUCAAGAGAGGGGGCAGAGUUCAGAAGUAUACUUAUAAACAGGAACCCAACAGGCAGUGCCCUGGAAGAAGACCUGCUCUGAGUUAUCCGGUGUACGGAGGAACAACACAGGUUAGAAGACUUCGCUUUGAACGGGCUAUUGGAUCUCACACACACACCAUCAGCAUUCAAUAUUCGCGGCCUGUCAGAGUCCUUUAUCAAGACAAAGGUUUCCUCCACAAUGAAGCCCAAAUAAGUACACUGUGGAGAGGACUUCCCAGUUUGGUUACCUCAGCUAUAUCCCUGCCCAACACCAGAAAACCCGAUGGCUACGAUUACUAUGCUUUUUCUAGGGAUCAAGCCUAUAACUUGAAUGUGCCCAGCAGAACAGCAAGAGCCGUUACUCCUCCUUCUGGGAAGACCUUAUCCAAUGUCUGGUACAACUGUCCUUAGACCGGUGGGCAAAGGAACAGACAAGUAAAACAAUGAUAAAAUCUGACACUGAAAUACCUUUUAUUAAUAAAGAAUGUUGAGAUAAGCAUACCAA